AGUAAAAAUUAAUAAAAACGUCAAUUUCAAUUCAAGAAAUUAAUCAAAAAAAUGUCUAGACAAAACACAAUUUUUGCUAUUGAAACUAUUGUUUUAACCAUUCUUAUUUUCAUCCCCAGAGUUUUUUCUGAUGAUUUGGUACCAAUUCCAGCUGAUAAAUCACAAUUAAAUAGUUGGUUUGAUGCCAAUGUUAAGCCAAUAGAUACAAGAAAGGGCACUUUGGACCCUGCCCUUGUAGCUGCUGAGGCUAAUAAAACUAUCAUUAAGGUGAGGGUAGAUGGAAGUGGUGAUUUCAAGACACUAACAGAAGCCAUUAACAGCAUCCCAGCAGGGAAUACAAGAAGAGUGAUUAUUUGGAUUGGAGGUGGAAAUUACACAGAAAAAGUCAAAAUUGAAAGGUCAAAACCUUUCAUAACAUUAUAUGGAGACCCUAAAAAUGUCCCAAAUCUUAUAUUUCAUGGAACUGCAAAAGAAUAUAACACUGUUGAAAGUGCCACAUUGAUUGUUGAAUCUGAAUACUUCAGUGCUGUUAAUAUCAACUUUGUGAAUUCUGCACCACGACCAGAUGGGAAAAGGGAAUUGGCCCAAGCAGCAGCACUGAGGACAGGAGGAGAUAAAGCAUCAUUGUAUAACUGUAAAAUGUUUGGAUUUCAAGAUACAUUUUGUGAUGAUAGUGGCAAACAUUUCUUUAAAGAUUGUUAUAUUGAAGGCACUGUUGAUUUCAUCUUUGGCAAUGGCAAAUCCUUAUAUCUGAACACAGAGUUACAUGUAAUUCCAGGGGAUCCAAUGGCAAUGAUAACAGCACAUGCAAGGGGUGAAGCAAAUGUAGAUAGUGGAUAUUCAUUUGUGCAUUGUAUGGUUACUGGUACUGGAAAAACUGCAUACUUGGGAAGGGCAUGGAAGCCUUUCUCUAGAGUUGUUUUUUCAUAUACUGAUAUGACUGAUGUUGUUCACCCUGAAGGAUGGUCUGAUAAUGGAAAACCCGAAAACGACAAAUCAAUAUAUUACGGGGAAUAUAACUGCAAAGGAGCAGGAGCAGCAAUGGAUCAUAGAGUUGGAUAUGUGAAGAAAUUAAGUGAUGCAGAGGCAAAGCCUUUUAUUUCCCUUGCCUAUAUUGAAGGCUCCAAGUGGCUCCUUCCUCCUGUGGCACUUUAAAUUUUUGAAAACUAAAAGCACAUAUAAUUAAUGGUCCUAGCAAUUUUUUGAGUUUAUUUUCUUAAUUUCUCAAUUUUUGAUGUAGCCCAUCCCAAUUAAUAUGGGAUUGUGGUAUAGUUUUGUUGUUUUCAAUUUUUGGACCGGGCAGAGGCAGCUGAUCUUGACUAGUUUGAGAUAGAGAUUUAGUUAUUAUUUUUAUUCUUUGAUGUAAUUUUUUCAACUAUCACGUAAAGAAAGUCAAGGUUUAGAAGUAAAGAUAAAGUUCAACUGUUUUACA